UCGACGUGAACGUGUGACUGAAAAUGAAAGGUUGAAAACCGGGAUAAGACAUUGAGGACAUCGAAACGUAAUUCUGUAACUUGGUCUCUCAAUAAAUCAGACCUAGACGGUCUGGGCUUGAGAAAUGUGAUUGAGAGGCUGUGGGAGAGGUGUAUAUAAGAGGAGGGGAGUGUGCUCAGCAGUCACUUCACAGUGGACUUCCCUCAGUCUGUGGAUUCAGUGGACUAUAUACACUUUACACGCAUCGCUUAGGAGAUACCACUUUCCAAUUCACUCGAUUCCGGAUCUUUUUUGAGAGCUUGCUUUUGAUAUCGUCCUCUUAUUGACGGAUCUAGUUCUUUUUUGAAGGAGAUAUUCAUUAUUGGCGUGAGAGGCGAUAUGAUACUCAGGAGGAGUUUGUACUUGCUGCCCUUCUUAUGUAUUCUUUCCGCUCAUGCCUUGCUCCCAGGCGAGCAGGAGGACGAGACGUCGUUCGACCUGUUCGAGGUCAGCCACAUCACACGCAAGACGCUGGGGGCCAAACAGUUCCGGGGCCAGAACUCGGACCUCCCGGCCUACCGCUUCAUCCGCUUCGAUCAGCUGCCCUCGGUGGACGCGCCGGUCCUUAAACAGAUCCUCCGGCAGACCCAGAACAACGAGGGCUUCAUCUUCAUUGCCAGCAUCCGUCAGGACCGCGCCUCUCGGGGGACCCUGGUGGGCUUAGAGGGCCCCGGGGGUCGCCGGCAGUUCGAGGUGGUGUCUAACGGCCGCGCCAACACACUGGAUCUGGUCUACUGGGUGGACGGCGCGCAGAAGGUGGCGUCCUUCGAGGAAGUCGACCUGUCCGACUCGCAGUGGAAGAACAUCACGCUGCACAUCCACGGCGAGAACGCAAACCUAUUCAUCGGCUGCAACCUGAUCGACAGCUUCAUCCUGGACGAGCCCUUCUACGAGCACCUGCAGAGCGAGGGGGGGCGACUGUUUGUGGCCAAGGGGGCGACGCGGGAGAGCCACUUCAGGGGGCUCCUGCAGAACGUACGAUUCAUCUUCAACACGCCGGUGGAAGAUGUCCUACUGACCCGGGACUGUGAGAUCAUCAAGGAAGACGAGGCCAACACGGUCAGCGAGAGCACGGAGAUGCUGGACGCGGUGAGUCCGUCCAUCACAACCAACUUCAUCGGCCAGAAGACGGACGAGACGGGGGACAUGUGCGAGCGCUCGUGUGAGGAGCUCAGCACCAUGUUCCGCGAGCUGAAGGGGCUGCGCGUGGUGGUCAGCAACCUCAUCGACGGCCUGCAGAAAGUGACGGAGGAGAACACUUUGAUGAAGGAGGCGCUGGUGAGGAUGAAGGACACCAAGGAGAAGAACUUGUGCUGGCAGGACGGCCGUCUGUUCGAGGACAAGGAGGAUUGGAUCGUGGACAGCUGCACCAAGUGCACCUGCCAGGAGUCCAAGAUCGUGUGCCACCAGAUCACGUGCCCCCCUGUGGCGUGCGCGAGCCCAACCUUCAACGAUGCCGAGUGCUGCCCGGUGUGCAUGUCCGUCGACAGCGAGGACGGCUGGUCGCCGUGGUCCGAGUGGACCGAAUGCACGGUCACCUGCGGGACAGGCACCCAGCAGAGAGGCCGGUCGUGCGACGCCACCAGCAACCCCUGCAGCGGCGCCUCCAUCCAGACCAGGAAGUGCAGCCUGGGCAAAUGCGACAGCCGAGUGCGUCAGAACGGCGGCUGGAGUCUGUGGUCGCCGUGGUCGUCCUGCUCUGUGACGUGCGGCGAGGGCCAGAUCACCCGGAUCCGCCACUGCAACGCCCCUGUCCCGCAGCUAGGGGGCAAGGACUGCGAAGGCAGCGGCCGAGAGACCCAGCGCUGUGAAGCCCAGCCCUGCCCCAUCGACGGCGGCUGGGGUCCCUGGUCACCGUGGGCAACGUGCUCGGCCACAUGCGGAGGGGGCAUCAAGAGCCGCACGCGGGUGUGCAACAGCCCCCAUCCCCAGUUCGGCGGCAGGGGCUGCGUGGGAGAGGACACCGACAGCGACAUCUGUAACAAGAUGGGCUGUCCCAUCGACGGGUGUCUCUCGAACCCGUGCUUCGGCGGCGUGGACUGCAACAGCUCUCCGGACGGCUCCUGGGAGUGCGGACCGUGUCCCAGUGGUUUCCGUGGAAACGGUACCCAAUGCGAAGACAUCAACGAGUGCGACAUGGUGUCCGACGUCUGCUACAAAGUGAACGGGGUGCAGCGCUGCGUCAACACGGACCCGGGCUUCCACUGUCUGCCCUGUCCUAAGAGGUACAAGGGCACCCAGCCCUUCGGCAUGGGCAUGGAGGCCGCCAAGAAACACAAGCAGGUGUGUGAGCCAGAGAACCCAUGCAAAGACAAGACCCACAACUGCCACAAGUACGCAGAGUGCAUCUACUUGAGCCACUUCAGCGACCCCAUGUACAAGUGUGAGUGCAGGACGGGCUACGCCGGAGACGGAUUCCUCUGCGGAGAGGACUCGGACCUGGACGGCUGGCCAAAUCAGAACCUCGUGUGUGGCGCCAACGCCACCUAUCACUGCAAGAAGGAUAACUGCCCAAGCCUGCCAAACUCUGGCCAGGAAGACUUCGACAAAGACGGUCAAGGAGACGCCUGCGACAAAGACGAUGACAACGAUGGAAUCGUGGACGAGAGGGACAACUGCCCUCUGCUCUACAACCCCCGGCAAUUUGACUUUGACAAGGACGACGUGGGAGACCGCUGUGACAACUGUCCCUACGAGCACAACCCCGCCCAGAUAGACACCGACCACAACGGAGAGGGCGACGCCUGUGCCGUGGACAUCGAUGGAGACGAGAUCCUGAAUGAGAGCGACAACUGUCCGUACGUUUACAACACGGACCAGAAGGACACGGACAUGGACGGAGUGGGAGACCAGUGUGACAACUGUCCCAUGCUGCACAACCCAGAUCAGACGGACGUUGACAACGACCUGGUGGGAGACCAAUGCGACAACAACCAGGACAUCGACGAGGACGGCCACCAGAACAACCUGGACAACUGCCCCUACGUGGCCAACGCCAACCAGGCCGACCAGGACAAGGACGGCAAGGGCGACGCCUGCGACUACGACGAUGACAACGACGGCGUCCCCGACGAGAAGGACAACUGCCGGCUGACGCCCAACGAGGACCAGGUGGACGCCGACGGAGACGGAAGGGGGGACGCCUGCAAGGACGACUUCGACAACGACAGCAUCCCCGACAUCUUCGACGUGUGCCCCGAGAACAACGCCAUCAGCGUGACGGACUUCAGGAAGUUCCAGAUGGUCCACCUGGACCCCAAGGGAACCACGCAGAUCGACCCCAACUGGGUGGUCAGGCAUCAGGGCAAAGAGCUGGUGCAGACCGCCAACUCGGACCCUGGCAUCGCUGUAGGUUUCGAUGAGUUCAGCGCCGUGGACUUCAGCGGCACGAUGUACGUGAACACCGACCGCGACGACGACUAUGCCGGCUUCGUGUUCGGCUACCAGUCCAGCGGCCGCUUCUACGUGGUGAUGUGGAAGCAGAUCACCCAGACCUACUGGGAGGAGAAGCCCUCCAAGGCCUUCGGCAUCUCGGGCGUGUCCCUCAAAGUGGUCAACUCCACCACGGGCACGGGGGAGAACCUGCGGAACGCCCUGUGGCAUACCGGCAACACCCAGGGACAGGUGCGGACGCUGUGGCACGACCCCAAAAACAUCGGCUGGAAGGAUUACACCGCUUACAGGUGGCACCUCAUCCACAGGCCAAAGACCGGUUUCAUCAGGGUGGUGGUGUAUGAAGGGAAACAAAUCAUGGCCGACUCGGGGCCAGUCUAUGACAAGACGUUCGCAGGGGGGAGGUUAGGCUUGUUUGUCUUCUCACAAGAGCUGGUCUUCUUCUCUGAUCUCAAGUAUGAGUGCAGAGAUAAGCCGGAGUUGCCAACAGUGUUUGGAAGAUAACUGAGUUUCAGAGCGGGGACUCUAAACAUCCAGGUCUAAGGGACACUUAUCUUCAAACGGAACACCUGAUUUUCUACUCCAUUUCAACGGAAAAUGGACCUUUCCAUGUACUCCCUUCCGCGGAUGGGGAUUUGGUUUUCCUGGGUGCUUUACAGUGCAUGCAAUACACCGCAAAAGUAUAAAAAAUUAAUGGAAACAUGGACACAUGACAAAAAAAAACAGCCAUCGCUAAAUAUCUACUCAUAGCUACGUGUAACAAUGUCGCCGUUUUUAAAGAGGUUUCGUUGUACAGCAAACAUACAGAGUGCGCCUUUUUCUCUCACUUUCUCGCUUUCUAUAUGGCCUGUGUGGCUUGUAACAGACUUCUUGCUCGUCUAUUAUAUUGAGAAAUUCAAUUCAUGAAGAGCAACAUAAGGCAGGCCUUUUAGCCCUGUCGUGGUUCCGACCCAGAGAUUAAACCAAUGGUAUCUGGAAUAACCUGAAGAGAAAUCGAUCUGUAGCAGAAAGCAUGGUAAUGAAGUGGGCGUCAGUAGUUGUAUCAAUCCAUGAAUGUUGCUUUGAAAGAGCUCUUGAGUGAAUGGUUUAGAUAGGCCUUUUUAUAGUAAUUCCUAAAGAUGUUUAUACUAAGUCUGUAUUAUAAAUUCUUUUUUUGUAAAUUAUUUAUGCUCUGCUUUUUUUGUUACAUUUUUAUGGUUGUUUUUGUUGCGAGAGAUUGUAAAUAAUUAUUUAUUUGUUUACACUGACAAAAUUCACAAAUGAAUAUAACAUCAAGAUGACAUAGUAUUACAGUUGUUUAAUAUGCAGUGUUGUCAUGCACUUACCUUGUUAGUUUGACAUAUGAUAACCGUUACCCUCUUUAAAAAAAUCUCUCUAAUGCCUCCUUUAAAAUACAAAAAAAUCAUAACACGUAGAAAAAAUCAUAAUCAUAAUGUCCAAUGAACAAGAUGGAAUAUGGGAAGGACCAUUUCAAACUUGAAAUGAUGAUGUACUGUUGUGAAUUGUCAGCCAUAAAUUGGAGUUUAUUUAUAGAUAACCCCUUGAAUAGUCAAUUGGAUAAAUUUGUGUGUGAUCAAGUUUCAAUGCAGUUGAGUAAAUAUCCCUAUGCUGCUAAUUAGAGAGACACCUAAAGACCCUUCUAAAGUAAAUCAGAAAAUACAUGUUCCGUGUAAGCUGCUGCGGUCAUGGAUGUGACAUUCACAGCAUUCCAUGUUUGUUUCCAGCUCGUCGCCCCAAGUCGAGGGUUUGCAACUCACAAAAUGUAAAUUGUUUUUUAAAGUUGUUUUUUAUAUAGAUUUCCUACAAACCAUAUUGUAUGUUUGCCUCAUUAGAGAGAUACUCCUGUUAUAUAAAUAAACAAUUUCUACACCACAAA